GUGAGAAAAUGGACAGGAGGGGAAAGUUGAAGCUGGAAGGAAGGCUGGGGAACUGUGGAGACCAGCAUGAAGGGAUGCUAGCGCUGUCCAUGGCCUCAGCCCCAUGUCCUUUCAGGUAGAGAAGUCAGUCUGCUGCCUGCUCCAUGAGCCAUUGUCUGGGCCAGACAUGGAGAACUGCUGGGUCUUUUGGGGGCUCGUCUUGUGGCUGAUGGCUCCCUACCUGGAUUGGACACAUGAAUCAGCACCCCAGCAGGAAUGGACAUACAUGGUACCACAGCACUCUAACUGGCUGUGCUUCAAAUUUGGGGAGCAUGGCUGCCCUUCACGGACCCCCAACUGCUCCACCUGCCACUACACAGUGGCAGGAUGGAACUGGUUUGAAGCAUGUUAUGAGAAGAGCAUGCGGUACUUGAGGAGGACAAAAGCGCUCUGGUGGCUGGUCAGUGGUCAGCUGGGCCCUGAGCCCUUCACUGUCCCCCUGGACCCAGUUCCUCCCCCAUCCUCUGGCCCAAACCUCUUCUCCUGGCUGCUGUGUGGUGUGCUUCUCCCCUCUCGGCCCCCCAGAACUGAGGGCUGGUGCCAGAACCCCAACUUCUCUUUCUGCUGUUACCAGGGCAUGAACUCAAUAAGCGAGCUUGGAAAAGUGUGGAAGAAGCCACUAGAAGUGAUUUCCAGGCCCCUCCUGUACCAUUUUGAUUUCCCCUGUGUGCCCUGUGUCAUGCUGGGGAACUCUGGCCUCAGCAACACCAACCAAUUGUACGUGGCUUUCGGGAUGAGUCAGGACACCAUCCACAGGGCUGAGGCAGAUAGGAGGAGCCAAACCACAGGACCCUUCAUCUGUCCCAGGAAUGCCAGUCACCAGGGUUCCUGGAGGCAGCAGUGGUUCCUGGAGCUUGCUGAUCUGGUGCCCCGAAUGACAAGGUAAUGGAGAUGUGCAAGACCUUCUCAGUGUGGAGAAGUGGAGACAGCAGCCGAGGGCUAA